AUGACAUUGGUUGUUGAAGCCGGUAGCCGCUAUGAUCGUCAAGUUCGACUUUGGGGUGAUGAAGGUCAGGCAUCGAUUAGUCUAACAACAGUAUGUGUAUUGGGAAGCGACUCAUUGGCAACUGAAAUUCUGAAAUCGCUGGUUUUGGCUGGAAUUAAGUCAUUCUGUAUUGUUGAUGAUGCGAAUGUUGACGAGUCCGAUAUCGGACAAAAUUUCUUUCUUCAUAUUAGCGAUGUUGGAAAAUCAAGAGCUGAAACUACUCUCGAAAAACUUAAGGAAUUGAAUCCGUCGGUUGCUGGCGAAUGCUGCACCAGCUCACCAGCUGAUAUUUGCGGCAAAGAUGUUAAGAAACUCUCAAGCUUUUCAGUCGUCGUCAGUUCGAAUCAAACGGAGGCUGUCGAUAUGGCUUAUGCGCAGAUUCUUCACCCUCUCGGAGUUCCCUUUUUAUGUGUGAAAACAUGCGGAUUACUUGGAACAAUCAAAGUUUGUGUUCAAGAACACACAAUUGUGAACACGAGAGAAGAAAAUCCGAAGCCAGAUUUACGAUUGGAUGCGCCGUUUGAAGAAUUGGCGAGAUUUGUUGAUGAAACGAAUCUCGAUAAUAUGAAUGUUGAAACAUUGCGACAUACUCCAUACAUUUUGCUUUUAUUCAAAGCAUUAGAAAUAUUCAGAAAGAAGCGCGGAAAUCCCUGCGCAUUUCCGUCGUCGUACCAAGAGAAGAAAGAAAUUCAACAAACUCUUCUGACAUUCAGAAGAUCAAGUGACGAAUCAGGAAGCAAAGAUUCCGAAAAUAUCGAUGAAGCGAGAAAUGCUGUCACGAGAUGCUUCCAGAAAACUACGAUUCCUCACUCAGUUCGCAGAAUUCUUGAUGAUCCCGCUUGUCGGACAUCGAAAGAACCAUUCUGGUUGAUUUGCGAAGCUCUUCGAAGAUUCACGGAAUUCAAUAAUGGAUUAUUGCCGGUUCGAGGAGAACUUCCCGACAUGACAUCAGAUUCGGCACGAUACACACGUCUAGCUACAAUUUUUCACGAAAAAGCAAUUUCUGAUGCGAAAACAGUUUUAGAGUUUUUAAGAGAAGUCGAAAGAGAAAGAGGAGUCGGAGACCUUAUAAGCGAAGAAAUGUGCUACAGAUUUUGUAAAAAUGCCGAUCGAAUUUCACUUCAAAGAGGGAAUCCUCUAGAUUAUCAGCAAGAAAUAAAGAAUUUAGUCGAAAUCAUCAAAUCAUCACCAAAACCAGAAGGAGAAGAAUCAGGCAAAGUCGACUGCACGAUUUGGCUUCUUCUGUUUCGUGCAUUAGAUCGAUUUAACACUGAAAAAGGAAGAUAUCCUGGCACGAACGGUGUUCCGUGUACAAUCGACGCAUUUGACUUGAAACAAAGAGUUGAAUCGAUUUUGAAAACUGCAAAGAUUGAAGAUGCUGAAAAGAUUUCCGCAUUGAUCCCACAAGAUGCGAUCGGAGAAAUCUGUCGAUUUGGGGCUGCCGAACUUCAUGUUAUCUCUUCACUAAUUGGAGGAGUGACUGCUCAAGAAGUAAUUAAAUUGGCUACUAACCAAUUCGUUCCAUUGGACAACACUUUCGUUUUCGAUGGACACACUCAACAUUCAAGCAUUUUUUCGCUCUAG